UGCUCUCCUACUUCCAUCUCCAUACCUCCACAACACAACCACUCGUCCUGAUAUCCUCCUUUCUACCAGCUUCUUUUUUCCCUUUCCAACAUUCCUCCUCACACAGACACAAUGAGCAGCUCUCUUGACCAGCUUAAGGCCUCUGGCACCGUUGUCGUUUCUGACACUGGUGACUUUGCUGCCAUUGCCAAGUACAAGCCUCAGGAUGCCACCACCAACCCCUCUCUCAUCCUGGCUGCCUCCAAGAAGCCCGAGUACGCCAAGCUGAUAGAUGUUGCCAUCGACUACGGCAAGGCCCAGGGCGGUGACAUCGACCACCAGGUCGACACUGCUCUCGACCGCCUGCUGGUCGAGUUCGGCAAGGAGAUUCUGGCCAUUGUCCCCGGCAAGGUCUCCACCGAGGUUGAUGCCCGAUUCUCCUUCGACACCAAGGCCUCCGUCGACAAGGCCCUGCACAUCAUCGAGCUCUACAAGGACCUCGGUAUCCCCAAGGAGCGCGUCCUCAUCAAGAUUGCCUCCACCUGGGAGGGUAUCAAGGCUGCUGAGAUUCUGCAGCGCGACCACGGCAUCAACUGCAACCUGACCCUCAUGUUCUCUCUCCCCCAGGCCAUCGGUGCUGCUGAGGCCGGUGCCUUCCUCAUCUCUCCCUUCGUCGGCCGUAUCCUUGAUUGGUUCAAGGCCAGCACCAAGAAGGAGUACACCAAGGAGCAGGACCCCGGUGUCGCCUCUGUCAAGAGCAUCUUCAACUACUACAAGAAGUUCGGCUACAAGACCAUUGUCAUGGGUGCUUCAUUCCGAAACACUGGCGAGAUUACUGAGCUCGCUGGCUGCGACUACCUGACCAUCUCCCCCAACCUGCUCGAGGACCUCCUCAACUCCACCGAGGCUGUCCCCACCAAGCUGGACAGCGCCGCUGCCGCUGCUCUGGACAUUGAGAAGAAGACCUACAUCAACGACGAGGCUACCUUCCGAUUCGACUUCAACGAGGACCAGAUGGCCGUCGAGAAGCUGCGUGAGGGUAUCAGCAAGUUCGCUGCCGAUGCCGUCACCCUCAAGGACAUCCUGAAGCAGAAGCUGUCUGCUUAAAUUGUGAGGUAUGAGCGGUAGGGUGUGUGUGUAUGUGUGGCGCGGGUGCCUAAGUUGCUAGCGAGGGAGAAUGCCUACAAAGAAUCGGCAACUCGAAGGUAUAUUUGCGAUGAGAUAUGGUUUGGCUGUUGAAACAAAAAUGCAGAGGGGUCCUAAAAUGUGGUUAGCGGCCCGUGACUUUUAUGUAUCUACGGAUUGUUUGAAAAUAGCAAAAAAAGAAAAACGAUUGUAAUGCCCAA